CUAUGCACAGCGAUUACAUUUCAAGCAAUGUUGUAAACUUGUUUUAUAGAGAAACCUCCAUCCAAAUUGAAGAAGGAUAAAUGGAGGAUUAAGGGUAUGUGAAAGAUGGUUAUUUUAGCAUGCUAUAAUAAAGGAGUUUUCUAUGUCUGAGAGAAAAUAUGAUGGCCGGGAACAACAAGGGGACACUCUCAUUUAUAAAAAGUUAAAGCUAUCAUCUUUUCCACCACUUGAAUUUUGAUGGGAAUUGUUUGAGAGAAUGCUUUUAUUGUCAUCUGCAACUCCAUCCAUCUGUUACCUCCAUGCUUGUCAUUCGCUUCGGUUCACCAUCAUUACAUGCCCAGCCGGAGGAAGAAGAUAAGUAGAGAAAAGUAGGGGGAAGGAGGGACUGAGCGAAGCGAAUAGAUGAGGAACCGAGUUUUCUACGAAUGACGCCAUGAACUAACUGUUGAUAGCUCGGAGUUCGGGUUUUGAAAGGUUUCUAUGAUUUAUUUCCCUCUUGGAAACGUACAAUUCAGCAGGCAUUGCUAGAAUGGCAGAGUUGACACUAAGAAGGCUCGAACAAGGGCACGCGAGGAUCAGAAGCGUGCCGAUCGCGGUUACCCCGGAAGGAUUCUGGUGCUGCCCUUCUCCCGCAGCCAUCCAGAAAAUAGUCAAGAACCAAAAUCUUCAAGACAAGCAGAGAUCCGCAGUAUCUCCACCUCACUCCAAGGCCUCGUCCGUACAGAGGGCAUCCCUCCCCCCGGUGGAGAAACGACUCGCUUCCACUUCUCUGAGAUCCAGACUCAUUGCCGAAGACCAGAGAUGCCUCAACUCCGGCAUCGCCGUCCCAGCUUCAUCCAAGGGCCAAGAGAGGCCACAGAUCAGGCAAAACGUCGAGGUCCCGAGAAAGAUAUCCGUUGGGUUUGGUCAGACGGAGACCAGCGACCUCAAAGUCAUGCUGCACGGUGAGAGCGGCACUUCGGUGAGAAUGAGCGUUCACAAGAGCAUUCUCGCAGGGUACAGCAGUUUCUUCGCCGAGAAGCUCUCCGGGCAAUCUCCCGUGCCCCAAAUCGAAAUUCACGCGUGCGAGGACGUUGAGAUUUAUGUCGAGACCGUGGGGUUCAUGUACACUAAAGACGUGAAGCAGAGGCUGAUCAAGCAGAGUGUUCCACGCGUUCUCAGAAUCUUAAAGGUUGCUGAAGUGCUCGGCUUCCAUGCAUGCAUCAAGUCAUGUCUGGAUUACCUUGAGGCAAUGCCUUGGGUAGGAGAAGAAGAGGAAAACGUGGUGUCCUCGAUCCGACAUUUUCAGGAUGGUAACUACGGCAUCAGCCCGAUACUUAAUCGAGUGGCCUCUGAUCUCUCGCGCCCACCUAGCGACACGCUCUCUCAAAUAAUGGAGCUGGUCCUGGAGAGCAGAGAGGACAGAGGACGACGCGAAAUGAAAUCGUUGGUCCUCAAGCUCCUCAAGGAGAAUAACAUCAUGGCGAAUGGAUCAGUCGACAUCAACGUUCAGAGUUUGUACACUUCGUGUCGGCGCUGCUUAGGCUCGUUGCUGGAUCUCUUCGGGCAUGCUUCGGAGCCCGGCUUCAUGGACAAGUCUCUGGAAAUCAGAGAGCCGGUGAUGCGGCAGAUCAGUCUGACGGCGGACAAUUUACUUUGGCUCGUGGAGAUCUUGGUCGACCGGCAGGCCUCCGACGAGUUCGCUUCGUUAUGGGCGAGCCAGAGAGAGCUGGCGGAGCUGCAUUCGAGAGUGUCCGUCACGUCGCGUCACCUGGUGAGCCGCAUCACGUCGAGGCUCUUCGUCGGCAUCGGCAAAGGGGAGAUGCUCCCUUCCAAGGACACUCGCAAGCUGCUGCUGCAUGUCUGGCUGCAGCCUCUCAUCGACGAUUACGGCUGGCUGCAGCACGGCAGCAGGGGUUUCGAUCGCAAGGUGGUCGAGGAAGGGAUCGGCCGGACGAUCCUGACGCUGCCGCUGGAGGAGCAGCAGAGCAUCCUGCUAUCUUGGCUGGGGAUCUUCUUGAAGUCGGGCGACAACUGCCCCAAUCUGCAGAGGGCGUUUGAGGUGUGGUGGAGGAGGACCUUCAUAAGGCCUUACGUCGAACACCAUGGAAGCCUUCUGCAAUCUGCAGACAGCACUUGACCUGUAAUUUAAUUUUAGGCUUUAAAAGUUCCUCAGUUCCACCCUUUGAUCUGUAGGUUAACACCGAGAAGUGAUUGGAUUACCACCAAGUCGAUUGUCUUCACUUUGUGGAAGGUAGGCGCUUUCUGAUUGUUCCUCCUGUUUUAAAAUAUCUGUCAAACAAAAUUCCAAAUUU